AUUGCCCGCCUUCUUUUGGGUUUGCCGUUGCCUUGAAUCAAUCUGUUGUUUUAGCUGCUGCGAAGGGGCCUAGAUAGUAGAGAGAAAAGAACACUCUCACCGCGAAGUAGAAGAAAUGGUAAGACUAACAGCGGAUUUGAUUUGGAAAAGUCCUCAUUUCUUCAAUGCUGUGGGAGAUCGAGAGUUGGAUCUCCGAGGCAACAAGAUUGCUGUAAUAGAAAACCUGGGAGCAACAGAGGAUCAAUUUGACACCAUAGAUUUGUCAGACAAUGAGAUUGUUAAGCUCGAAAAUUUUCCUUAUCUGAGUCGUCUUGGUAGUUUGCUCAUAAACAACAAUAGAAUUACUCGUAUCAAUCCUAAUAUCGGAGAAUACUUACCAAAACUACAUACUCUGGUUCUUACAAACAACCGACUUGUUAACUUGGUAGAGAUUGAUCCUCUUGCAUCUCUUCCAAAACUGCAGUUCCUUAGUCUGCUCGAUAACAACAUUACAAAGAAACCAAAUUAUCGGUUGUAUGUGAUCCACAAACUGAAAUUUCUACGGCUGCUCGAUUUCAAGAAGGUGAAAUAUAAGGAGAGAAUUGAGGCUGAAAGCUUAUUUGCCUCAAAAGAUGCUGAAGAGGAGGCUAAAAAGGAAUCAGUGAAAACAUUCAUACCAGGUGAGGUUCCGAAUGUCCCAGAGCUUCCAAAGGAAGAAGAAGCACCUAAAGUAGUCGCCCCAACACCAGAGCAAAUAAUUGCUAUUAAGGCUGCAAUAGUGAAUUCUCAGACUCUGGAAGAGGUUGCAAGACUUGAAAAGGCAUUGAAGGCAGGCCAGCUCCCUGCAGAUCUGAAGAUUCCAGAUGGUGAUACAGUGACAGAUGAUGUUGAUCCCAAAGAGGACAACAUGGAAGUGGACACUCAAAAUGAAGCUAACAAGGAACAAGACACUCCGGACCAACAGGCCAAUAACAAUCCUACCAGUUGAGCAAGUAUGUAUUGUCUUGUCUUAUGGAUAAACAGGGUGUUUCUGGCAGCUGAUUUUCGUAGGUCAUGUCAAUUUAGUUCCAGCCUUGUGAGUUAGUGGCGGUUUCUGGAUAAUGUGGAGAUUAUUCAGUCGUGGCUGACUAUUACCCAUCCUUGGGGAAGUGCUUCUCCAAGUAACAGGAAAUUAUUUUCAUGAAGCCAUUUCGUGAUAUCAGUAAAGUCACUGGUUGCUAUUAGCAAUCAAUUAGAAAAUGAUAUUUUGCUUGCUAUUCAAGUACACCCCAUGUACACAAUUUUGGUGCUAAAAUGGUGGAAUUGGCAAGAGGUACCAUUUGAUGAUGCAGGUUUUGCCC